AUGCCACCUAAACAACGCUUUCUAAAACGAAUCCGAGUGACCUGCGUGCAUGUGCAGGUAAACGCGCAUAAGGUGGAAGAUCGGCACAAGUGCGCGUCAGCUUGAGGUUUCACUGAACCGUAAAUUGCGUAGCACCCCCCUCCCUCCUAAUUUCCUAAUUUUUUUUUCAAAACUUCACAGGGGGGGGUUCACGUUUAACUUUUCAGAAUUUUUUUUUGGAAAUGGGUACCCCCCCCUCCGUUUCUACUCUCCCCCCCCUCCUCCUGGUCUUCCACUUCCCCCCCCUCGCGUCAAGCGCAUAUGUUAAUAAAAACUAACUUUGAAUUUUCAGUCUAACCACUCCAAGCCCCACAUGUCCAGGUUCAGCCGCUCCUUUACGUCCUCUGAUCGGGCUUUGGAGCCAAGACGAGGUGGACAGCCAAGGGUGCGGAUCUAUGCCAAUGACGUGAAUCACUAUCUAAGAAUGCAACGAGAUUUGCAAAGGAGGUACGACAAGUUCUUGUACCGUCGAGCGUUACAAGAGCUUCGGAAGGGUAGAGCGUCUCGUCAGUAG